UCGCGGCGAGGCGCGCGCGGCUGAACGGCGCCGCUGCCGGCCCGCGGCCAUGCCCAAGCGGGGCUGUCCGUUCGCGGACGCGGCCCCGCUGCAGCUGAAGGUCCGGGUUGGCCAGAGGGAGCUGAGCCGCGGCGUAUGCGCCGAGCAGCACUCGCGGGAGAUCUUCGAGAAAACCAAGCAGCUGCUGUUCCGCGGGGCUCAGGCCUACAUGGACCACGUGUGGGAGGAGAGCUGUGCCAUCGUUGACCUGCCGGAGUCCCCGAGGCCGGGCCCCACAGAGGCCCUCCGGGCCGCACGGGGGCAGAUGCUGAUUGGACCUGACGGCCGGCUGACCAGGAGCCAAGCCCAGGCCGCUGAAGCUGCGAGCCACGGCGUCCCAGCAGGUGGGAACCCUGGACAGGCCGCAGAUCGUGGGCGGCUCAGAACCCCCCACCUUUGUUGCUGGAGUCACCGUUACCGCCCGCCCCUACCUGGCUCCCCACUCUCCAGGGCCUGGACAGGGGCCCAGAAAUGCAGGGGCCACACUUGGAGACAAAGGAUUUGGACGCCUGAGACGAAAGCUACGGGAGCUCUCGUACAAGCCAGCGAGGGAGGAGUUGAUCCUUCCGGUGCCCAGCACCUAGACCUGUCCGGGGCCGUGACCAGAGCCUGCUCCUCCUGUGUGCGUGCGCUGGACGGGACGGCGGUGUGUGGCCAGUGUGAACGCGCCCUGUGCGGGCGCUGCGUACGCGCCUGCUGCCGCUGCGGGGCCGUGGCCUGCAGCCUGUGCGCCCUUGUGGACUGCGGAGACGUUCACGAGACGCUGCUGUGUGCCGGCUGCGCCAUGCUCGAGGCCUGAGGCCCAGGGCGGAUGCCAGCUUUCCGGACAGGCCGCACGGGCGCUGCUGCUGUGGAGCUGGGGGCCGGGGCGGGGGUCUGUUUUAUAUUUUGUACUGAGGGCAGAGUGAAUAAACCCCUUUAUAUUUGGACCAGA